AUGGCUGCCAGUUCCUGUGAACAGGAUCCCCUAUCUGUCCUGAUGAGUGAAGAUCUUCUACCACUUGCUGCUCUUGUCCCCAAAGAAAAUGAAAACAUCUCCAACCCAGCUUUAUCAGUCAUGAACCUUGAUAAUUCAUCCUCUGUUCACUUUGUCAAGGCAGGACCACACGAGCCAAAGUUUGGGGAUGAAAGAAACGUGGAUGCCACCAAAGGUACUAUCCUGGGAAUUACUCCCAGUACUCCAAGGAUCAACAAUGUACAAUUCAUAGACACCUCUACUGUUCUUGAGCCUCUGAAUGCAUUUAACUCCGUUUCUGACAGGAUUGUAGAUUGUUUAUACCUGGUUUGUACAUCCCCAUGUGAAGGUGGUGUUGAGUAUCUUGACUUGUGUGUCCAAGGUUCACUUGUCUUCUGUAUCCUCAACUUUGCAGAUUAA